UUGUAAAGGUUGUAGUUAUAAAAACGAAACUCCGAAAAUGAGCGGAAGAGGCAAAACCGGCGGCAAAGCAAGAGCGAAAGCCAAGACUCGCUCCUCCAGGGCAGGACUGCAGUUCCCCGUCGGUCGUGUUCACAGGCUUCUCCGCAAAGGCAACUACGCAGAGCGCGUCGGUGCCGGUGCUCCUGUCUAUCUGGCGGCUGUGCUCGAGUAUCUUACCGCUGAGAUCCUGGAGUUGGCUGGAAACGCCGCUCGGGACAACAAGAAGACCCGCAUCAUUCCCCGUCACCUGCAGCUGGCGGUGCGCAAUGACGAGGAGCUGAACAAACUUCUGGGCGGAGUGACCAUCGCUCAGGGCGGCGUGCUGCCCAACAUCCAGGCCGUGCUGCUGCCCAAGAAGACCGAGAAGCCCGCCAAAUCCAAAUAAACGAGCUCCAGUCUGUCUCACUAAACCCAAAGGCUCUUUUAAGAGCCACCCAUUUUAUCUGAUAAAGAGCGCUUUUCUUUGAUAAUACUUAGA